AUGCAGUACGGGAAUUACCAACACUCGUACAAUGAGCUACCCCAAUUCUGCCGGCAAUUGCAACUCUCCAACCCUGGAACCAUUGUGGAAAUCAUGUGCACACUGAACGCAGAAAGGGGUACAGGAUACGCGAAUUUCUUGUAUGCAUUUUGGGCGUUCAAGCCCGCAAUUGAUGGCUUCCUCUACUGCAUCCCUGUUAUUUGUGUUGACGGUACCCACUUGUACAACCAGUACAAAGGCCAUCUCCUACUAGCCUGUGUAUAUACCGCUAACAAGGAAAUCUAUCCAUUGGCAUAUUCAAUCGUUGACUCCGAAAAUAAUGCCAGUUGGACUUGGUUUCUUCGACUUCUGGCCGAACAUGUCUUUCCACAUCACAAUUCAAUGUGCAUCAUUUCGGAUAGACACGCUGGAAUCGAUGCAGCGUUUAAUUCCGUGCAACAAUUGAAAGGGGGGGGCCGUGUCAAACGCCGGUUUUGCCUUCGUCACAUUCGCAACAAUGUCAUGACAAGGGUGACCAGAAAUAGGCGGUUACGAAAAUUAGUAUGGGAAGUUGGUACUGCUGUAACGAGGAAUCAAUUCCUUCAACACAUGCAGGCAAUCCAAAUUAAAUGGCCAGCUGCAUACGCCUAUCUUGCUAACAUUGAUGUAGAGAAGUGGACAUUAUCUCAUGACGAUGGUCACCGGUACGGCAUCAUGACAACCAAUCCAUCUGAGUCACUAAAUAAUUCACUAAAGUGUUGUCGAAUGUUACAUGUCACGGCAAUAGUCCGAAUGACUUUUCACAAGUUACGGACUAUGUUUGCCGACAGGCGUACUGCGGGAGAUGGGAUGCAGCAACACAGACUGCUUUUCACGAAAAAGAUUACCGAUGAUUUGUCAGCUCGAAACAAUGAAGCAAGUGGUGCAAGCAUUCAACGUUUCAAUGACGCCCUCGGAAUCUAUGGUGUUGCCCUAAGUACUGGUUGUGUCUCUCAAAGUCAACAAAAUCACUUUCAAGUUAUCCUGACGAAACGUACGUGUAACUGCGGAUUGUGGAACGUGAACGGCAUACCAUGUGCACAUGUGCUUGCAGCAUGCAAUUACCGUGGGCAAGGAUUUGCCCCAUUAGUGCCAGAAGUUUACUCCGUACAAAACUACAGGAACUGUUAUGCCGGAAAUUUCUACCCAGUAGACGAAAGAACUCAGUGUGUACCGGUCCAGUUACUUGCCUUCCACCAAUUUCUGCUAGGCAACCAAAUCAACGAGGCCAACGACGAACACGUAGGUAUCCAAAUGAAAUGGACUUAG